AGAGGUUAAAGGCCACCGCAGAGGAAGAAGUGAUUCUGCUGAGACGGCACCAAACCAUGAGGAAGAGCUCGAAGACAGGAAGGUAACCGAGGACGAAGGAUUUCACAAGCAGCUGUACGCACAGAACGAUCAACAAUAUCUGCUGUGAUAACGACUGGAUGGCUGCUGUCAAACACUGAAGCUCAAGAAACACCCAGAGGUUGUUCUGAUCCUCCUCAUUUUGCUCCAGCCCAAUCCGGACCUGCAGUCCAGCGUCUCCGUCUUUCAGCCACUUGGUUUCUCUGUGACGAUGGCGACCACUUCACCCAAAGACAAAUAUUUGGCUGUGUGGGUGAUCUUCUUCAUGCUUGGUCUGGGAACAUUGCUGCCCUGGAACUUCUUCAUGACUGCUACCGUGUACUUCAGGAAUCGUCUGAAGGAACCUUUGCCCACUGAGGUUUCAGCCAAUCAGAGUGAAGCAGCAGGUCAACAUCAAAGUGUUCUAGAGACCAAAUUCAACAAUGUGAUGACGCUGUGCGCCAUGUUGCCUCUGCUGCUGUGCACCUGCCUCACCUCCUUCCUGCACAGCCUCGUUCCUCAGCGCCUGCGUGUGAUGGGAAGCCUCUUCAUCAUCAUGUUUGUCUUCAUCAUCACUGCUGUCCUUGUCAAAGUUCCUCUGGAGCCGCUGCCUUUCUUCUCCAUAACCAUGGUGAAGAUAAUCAUCAUCAACUCGUUUGGAGCGGUGCUGCAGGGCAGUCUGUUUGGGAUGGCCGGUUUGCUUCCAGCGUCGUACACCACUCCCAUCAUGAGCGGCCAAGGACUCGCUGGAACCUUCGCUGCUGCUUCUAUGAUCUGUGCCAUUGCAAGUGGUUCUGAGCUGGAGGACGCAGCAUUCGGUUAUUUCAUCGUAGCCUGUGUUGUCAUUUUCCUGUCCAUCUUGUCCUACGUCUUACUGCCCAAACUGACAUUUUUCCAGUUUUAUCAAGAAAGGAACAGAAAACAAAGAACAGAUGAUGAGCAGAAUAUCAUCACUCUGAUGAACGCAGAGAAUAAAGAUGCUGCAGCAGAUGAGAAACAACAAAGCAUCUCCAUGAUGAAGAUCUUCAAGAAGAUUUGGAUCUUGGCAACGUCGGUCUGCUUCACCUUCACCGUCACCAUCGGCACGUUUCCCGCCAUCACUGCCGACACGCGAUCCACGCUGGCCGACGGGGGAACCUGGGAGCUCUACUUUGUCCCCGUCAGCUGCUUCCUGCUCUUCAACCUGAGCGACUGGACUGGGCGGAGCCUGACCGCCGUCUUCAUGUGGCCAGGUAAAGACAGCCCGGUGCUGCCGGCGGCCAUCUUGGCUCGCAUUGUCUUCGUACCUCUCUUCAUGCUGUGCAACGUUCAGCCCCGCUCCCAUCUGCCCGUCUUCUUCUAUCACGAUGGCUUCUUCAUCGCCUUCAUGCUCCUCUUCGCCUUCAGCAAUGGCUACCUGGCCAGCCUCUGCAUGUGUUAUGGACCGAAGAACGUUCUUCCUCAUGAAGCAGAAACCGCCGGAGCCAUCAUGGCGUUCUUCCUGGCUCUGGGAUUGGCUGCCGGAGCCGCCAUCUCCUUCCUAUUCAGAGUACUGGUCUGACUGGAACCCCUUCAUUUUAACAUCUAAAGAGCAGCACAUAUUUAAAUCUACUGGAGUUCACUAAAUGUUUUAAAUGGAAAUAAAAUGUAGAAAGUCAGAUUAUGAAGAAAAAAUGAAUCAAAUCCAUGAACCUGACAGGAGUGGAAACAGUUCUAGUUAUAAAGAAUUUAGUUUCAUGUCUGUGUAACCCCCAUAAACUGCUGAUCUGUCUGUAUGUUUAAUAUGUUUGUUUUGUUAGUUCUCAGAAUGUCCUGUAGACCAGUGGUCCCCAACCCCCGGGCCGCGGACCGGUACGUAGACCAGUUGGUACCGGGCCGCACAAGAAAUAAUUAAAUGUUUCCAUUUUAUGCAUUAUUUGAGUCUGGAGGAUCUUUUAUUUUGAAAAUCCUUUAACCGGACUCUCUGGGUUCCGUCUUGGCGCCAACAUUGAGCCACAAGCAGCAAAAUGGGUCAGAACCAGAUCAGAUUCAGAUAAAGUUUCUUUAUGAAGGGAAAAGGCCCAGAGAAGAGACAGGAGGAUGGAUUUAUCCAGUAGGUGAUUCCCACAGUCCAAGCUCUGCAUGAUAUGGUGACCGGAUGUUAAUGAGGCCAUGAAGCUUCAAACUGUUUCUCCACUAGAGACCAAGAACCCUGAGCAUCAGCAACACUUCUGGUGUCUCUCAUCUCUCCCAGAUGGACCGUCUGGUUGCAGAGAAACAAGUUCAGUUCUCCAUUAGUCCUUAUCCUGAGGCCAAAUGUUUGUUUUUGUGGAGCAUGUGUAUCUUAUUUUGAAGGGAUGUGUAGACGUUACCAUAGCGACCAGAGUCAGAGAGGUUAGGGCAGUGGAGAGACGAGUUGAGUAAAGCUUGUGAGUCUUAAAUCUGGUUCAUACGGCACGAUUUAAGAAUUGUCGGCCGAUUUUCCAAACCUGUGUGACCACAGAGCCGAUGUACAGGAGGUUCGAUCGGUUCCUGAGUCCAGCCACACGGCAGGAGCAACACACUUCACACGAACCGAUUCCACUCACAAGCAUCCUGAUUCUAGAAGAAAAUCCCAUAAAAUCCCCAACAUACCAUAUGUGAAUUUAGAAUAAAGAAACACGGAUGAUAAUGUAGAAGCAGCAGUGAUAGUUUGUGGACUCAUUUUAAGCAAUAAAAGAUGUAACAAAAAGAAAAGACUCUGGAUAAAUGACUGUGUGAGCAGCUGCUCUCUAUAGUUGAGCAUGUCAGCUGUUUGGGAUUCCCUCCAUGCUUACGUCACUGCGUUCUCGCUCAGCUCACGGUCAGGGAAAACCCCACAGGCUGCAAUAGUUGGGCCAAGACAAUGUUGAAUAUGGCCGAUUUUAGAUCGGAGCGGUCUCAACGUUCUACCGACUGGACCAGAUCAGUCGUGACACACCUCACAGUACAGGAGGAUCGGUUACAAUUAUUUCAAGAGACAAUCUACGACAAUCAGGGGUGUCCCCCCCCUUCCCUCGGGUCGCAGUAAAAUUGCUAAGCCCUGACCAGUCCGUGGUGGUAAAAAGGUUGGGACCACUGCUGUCGAGGGCACUACACCCACAUUUCUCCUGCCGGUAUGAGAAGAAGGGCAAAGAGAGGGGGGAAGAAAAAAGGAAAUGGCAAACUAGACCAGAGGUGUCAAACUCCAGCCCUAAAGGCCCGCUGUCCUGAAGUAGAGAAGUUACUAUUCAUAAGUGCUGCUGGGAUACCAAAAUAAUCUGUUUAUUUUGAACUGGAUAAUGUAUAUUCUGUUCUGGGAUUU